AUGAGUCGACUGUACGACACAGUGGAGCCAGCCGUCAUCGAUGAGGACAUGCUGCAGAAGGCCGUGGAGGAGCAGGGUCCUAAAGAUGAGGCUGGACGCAUUGCCAAACAGGAAGGAAUCGACUUUACUGAUGUCACACAGCUCCGAUUGGACUUCAAAAAUAUAUUAAAGAUAGACAACCUGUGGCAGUUCAAGAACCUCGUCAAGUUGCAGAUGGACAACAACAUCAUUGAGAGGAUAGAGGGGCUCGACACAUUGAAAAACCUGGUGUGGUUAGAUCUUUCUUUCAACAACAUUGAGGUGAUUGACGGCCUAGACAGCUUGACUAAACUGGAAGACCUUACCCUGUACAACAACAGGAUCAGCACGCUGGAGAACAUGGACAAACUGACCAGACUACACGUCUUCUCCAUCGGCAAUAACAACCUGGGUAGUCUAGACAAUCUGGUGUAUCUGAGGAAGUUCAAGAAUCUCCAGACGCUGAACCUGGGCGGCAACCCCUUCUGUGAGGACGAGAACUACAAGCCGUUUGCGGUGGCUCACGUCCCGACCCUUGUUUACCUGGACUUCAGACUGAUCGAUCAGAAUACGAGGGCAGCGGCUGAGGAGCAGUACCGAUACGCCAUUGAGGAACUGGUAGCCGAUGAGACGGCCUUGGAAAACAAACGCAUUGAUCAAGAGGAAAAGGACAAAGAAUUCUCCAGACAGAAGGAUGCCUACGUUGAGAACCUAAACGGCCCCCAUCUCUUUGACAGCAUGUUCCUGGACGACCCCGAGGCACCUAAGCUGGGCGCCCUGCCUGGGGUGGAUGAACUCCUGGUUGUCUUCAAGGAGAAGAUGGUAGGCAUCUGCAAGCAGGUCUUUGAUCACGGUCUGGCAGAGCACGCCAAGAGGCAGCGAGAGGUGGAAGAAUUCUACGCCUGCGUCCAGGAGGCCAAGAUAGAGAACAAAGACAUGGGCAUCACUAAGAUCCAGGACUUCAACAAAUACAAGAAAAAGGCGUUUGCAGACUUUGCCAUGAUGAGUGAUCCCCAGAUGCUGGAGGAUAAGGUGGAUGAGUUCAACCAGGAGGUGACUAAGCUGUGGGACACCCUGAUGGGCUAUGAGCUGCAGCUAGUCGACCAGCUAGAGGACACAAUCAAGGAUUUUGAGCGAGCGAUGGCCGACAUGGUGGUUGUAUUUGUGGAGCAGGUCCAGGGAUUGAUUUCUCAGAUUCGCGACCUGGAGAACGUCCACCACGAGAGAAUCCUGGAGAUUGCCAUCAUCACCCUGGAGAAGUACGUCAAGAAUGAGCUGGAUGAUGAGAUACCUGAAGAACUGAGAUUGCUCUUGGUAGACAAGGACACCAUCACCAACGCCGUCAGCGCCUCGCACGACACCCACAUGCUCAAGAUAGACAACCGCGAGGAUGACAUCAUCCAGCGGGCCAACGGCUGGCUGGCCGCGCUGAUGGAGCGUAUCCACCAGGAGGAGGAGGUGACCAGGAACCGGGACCGUGUCAAGGAGAUCAACAACUUCAUCGAUCACCUCAGGGAGGAGCUGGACAACUUGGACCUCCAGACGGGCAUGUGAGAGGUGGUAACCUCACACAGUGGCAGUAACCUCAUGUAUGAGGCUUUCAAGACACUUUGAGGUUCAGGGAAGAGGGUGUAUGGGGAUACGCCAGGACUAGACCUCCAAAUGUAUCAUACCGAUAGACACAGUGAGCUUUGUUUUAGUGAUGUCCUCACAAAGAGGUAGUAACUUCCUUAGGGUGUUAGAUACACUUUGAGGUUCGAACUUGAGGUUCAGGGAAUAACUAAUUUUGGGGGAGAUGACGGGGAUAUGAAUUCACACUGUUAUGAUAGACACGUUGAAUCAUUUUAGUUGUCCUCAACCUUGGAGGAGCUGCUCCGGGGGAUAUAAUGGGAAAUUGAACAGCAAGUGUAAUAGUUAUUGAUAAAGUUUAUACAUUUAAGUGGUGUCCUUGCGCAGAACUUGAGGUUCGGGGAAAAGCUGAUUAGGGGGAUGAUGAUGGGGAUAUGAACUUAUACUGUUAUAAUGGUAGACACGUUGAAACAUGUUUGUUGUCCUCACACAGAGAUAGUGACCUCACAAAUACGAUGUUUGAGGUUCAAUCAGGGAAGAGUUCAUCCAGGGGGAUAUAAUGGGAAAUGGAAACAGCAAUUGUUAUACUGAUUGACAAGUUGAUACAUUUUAGUGGUGUCCCCUCACAGAGGCAGUAACCUCGCAAGAGAGGCACUAUGAACACUUUGAGGUUCAAGCUGAUACUUGAAACUUGAUCAGGGACAUGAACACCAGCUGUAGUACUGAUAAACAAAUUGUAAAAAAAUGACAGUAGUGGGGUAUUUUAGCCUUGAUCCUCAGAGACAGUAACCUCACAGUGAGGCAUUAGAGACACCUCGAGAUAGUACCUCAAACAUGAGGUACAUUUGAGAAACAUUUUGAGGUUCACCAUUUCACUGAAAACAGGAAAUGAAACUGGCUUCCCUGUUGAAGAAAACUGGCACUAGUGGGGUAUUUUAGCCGUGUCCUCGGAGACAGUAACCUCACAGUGAGGUAUUAGAGGCACCUCAAGACGGUACCUCAAAAAUGAGUUAUUUUGAGACAUUUUGAGGUUCACUGUUCCACUGAAAACGGGAAAUCAAACUGGCUUCCCUGUUUAAGGAUUUGCAUCCUUUAUUUCUGUCUUUCCAGUCUUCACGAUACGUAAUUUUAAGAACCUCUCCAAACACAAUUAUUGAAUAGGCCUGUACAUAUGUGUAAACAACUGUGUAUAUUUUACAAUGGCUUUGUACAAAAAGUAUUCCGUCCAAUAACUUUCUGUACUAAAUGUGUGCGUCAAUAAAAACUGUUUUACUUCUAAAAAAGU